AUGCCCUACACCGGACCUUUCUCGCGAGCCAGGCGAGAGCUAAAAGAGGCUGCCAGAAGACAACAAGAGGAGCGUCGGGCGUAUGAAGACGCACAACGGGUUGAAGAGCGUCAGUGUGCGGAAGAAGAGCGGCGGCGCGUGGCGGAAGAAGAGCGUCAACGCAAGGAAGAAGAAGAGUUUCUGCGCAGGAAAGAGUAUCGGCGCGAGCACGAAGAGAAAAGAGAGCAUCGGCUCAGGGGGAAAUUGGAGGAAUGUGCUGCUCGCGAGCAGCUGAUGAAAGAGGCUGCCCAACGCGAGAGAGAGAGAGUGGCCAACCUGGCAGAACCGAUGCGCAAUCCGUAUAGAGAGGGAGUUGAAAGGAAGGAACCAGAGCAAUCCAUCGUUAUUUGA